AUGGCUAGAGAUCUCGGUUACGAUCGUCCCACGUAUGACACUUCGAAGAAUCUAAAUCGCUUUUGCGACAACUCAGGUGUUGAACUACCUCCUUAUGUACGAAUAUUUGUAUUCGUUGAGGGUGAAAAGAGAACUGCAGUUGGGUGUUGCCUUGCAGAGGAACUGACAGUAACGUCGGUUAAGCAGCAGGGUUACGACCUUCAGCGACUUACUGGCGGUCUCAGAAGCCUACUUUCGUGGCGCAUUCAGGCUGGGUUACUGGAUGAAGAAAAUGGUCAGACUGCGAGCGCGCCCGUCAUGAAGGCUUGUCCGACAAAGUCUUCCUUCCAGCUACCUUUAUGUGGCAUCAGACGUCUAUGGGUUUCACCAAAGCAUAGACGUCAGAAAACAGCUACCACCCUAGUCGACUGUGUUCUCAAGAACCUUUAUUACCUCACGCAUUUGACCCGAGACCAAGUCGCCUUUUCCGAACCAACUGCCGACGGCGCUGGCUUUGCAAAAAAUUACACUGGCCGAGAGGAUUUUGUAAUUUACUAA